AUGAAUCAAAUAUAAUUACAAGAAAUUUUAUAGAAACUCAUCUUAUCGAUACCUUAGAUAAUUAAUACGUACCCUUUACUAGAGCCUUAAUCAAUCGAUGAAUAAAAUUAACCCCAAAACUUAGAAGAAAAUAAAGAAAAUCAAAAUUUUCAUUAUGAUUAAUUGGUAUAAAAUAUAACAGAUCCUUUAUUGGAGUUAGAACCAUAAGAAAAAGAAUUACGUAUAAUAGAAUAAAAUAAAAAGUCAGAUAAUCAAUCAGCAUAAUAAUAAUUGGAAUAAACUUAAAAUAGAGUUUAUAUUGAUUUAGAAUAAAAUUAAUAGUCUGGUGAUAAUAAUGAUGAAUUAAAUAGAUAAAAAUAAGGUAAGAAAUUUGAAUAGGAAUAAAAAUAAUAAUAAUAAUCGAAAUAAAAUUAAAAUCCAGUUUAAAUUGAUUUGAAGAACAAUUAAUACUCUGGUGAAAAUAAUGAUAUAUUAAAUAUGAAAAAUUAAGGUAAAAAUUUUGAUAAUUAAUAAUAAUAAUAAUAAUUGGAAAAAACUUAAAAUAACAUUUAAGUUGGUUUAGAGAAAUCAUUAUAAUAAGCUGAAAUUGAGAAUAAAUAAUAAUAAAAUAAAACUUUAGAGUAAAAAAAGUAAUAAGAAUAAAAAUCAAAAGAGAAAGAUAGUUCUUAAAAUUAAAUAUCUGAUGUUUAAGAAAUAUCUAUUUAAGAAUUAUCUUCAUAACAUGAAGAAUAACAAUCGCUAUAAAAAAAUAAGAAAAAUUCUAUUGAUAAUUCUUUAGUAUCUUAAGAAGAUUCCUUUUAACAGAAAUAAGAUUAUUCAUAAAAUAAAAGGUUGAAAAAAUUAUCUUCCGUUGAUAAUUUUUCAUAAAUUGAUGAGUUAUUAGAAUAAAAAUAAAGAAUUGAAUAAUUGUGUAAAUGGUAACAAAAAGUUGAAAAAGUUUUGCAAAUUUUGUUAUCUAAAUUUAAUAAUGGAGAUUAAAUUUAGAUAACAAAAACAACUAAAAAAAGAAUUAAUUAAAACUCCAGUUUAAAUGAUGAUGAAGAUAAUGAGGAUUUUGAUAAUAAUGAGCUUGUUAAUAAGUAAAGCAAAAAAAGUAAAAAAUUAAAGUAUCUUUUAAAUGCCCUUACUCCAGAAGAGAAAAAAAAAUUUGAAUAUCAUGUUGAAAAAAGUAAAUAAAUAAAAGUUUCUGUAUUUGGACAUUAAGAAGAAGAAUAUAUUAGGUGCAAAUUAUGUAAUUGCAGGUAUAAAAGAUAACAACAUUUAGUAAGUCAUUGGAAAUAGAAGCAUCAAAAUGA